CAUUGAAUACAGAGAUCAUUCUUAAGUUGAACACAAUACUAGAAAGAUGGAAGCAAUUUUCUGUUUUUAUCUGGUGUUCAUAUUAUCAGGACAUAUUAUCACAUUCGCGGUGCUAAGUUCUCCAGCAAAAGUUAACAAAGAGCACGCGACCGUGAGUGUGGACUGUGGUCAAGUGCGCGGACUUUAUGACGCCACUUCGGAUGCAUAUUCUUUCCGCGGAAUUCCCUACGCAAGCCCACCGGUGGACAAACUGCGAUGGAGACCUCCAGUACCGGUGAACAGUUCUAACAACAACUGCUGGCUUGGAGUCUUUGCUGCCACACAAUUUGGUAGCCCAUGUUUCCAGAGGAAUGCUGUCUACAAUGCCACAGGAACACUAGGAAGCGAGGACUGUCUGUACCUGAACAUCUGGACGCCUUCUCUUAACUCAACGGCGGAACUUCCGGUAAUGUUUUGGAUACACGGUGGUUAUCUUACUAUCGGAAACGGAAACUGGCAAGAUGUUGGUUAUGCACCAACGGCGCAGCUGGCUCACGACCACAACGUUGUCUACGUCAGCAUCAACUACCGACUAAACGCGUUCGGAUUCAUGUCUCUGGAGAUGCUUCGGGCUGGAUCGCCCAACAACACUUCCGGGAAUUAUGGUUUCAUGGACAUGCUGGCUGGGCUGCAGUGGGUCCAGAACAACAUCCGACAGUUUGGGGGAGACCCGAAACAGGUGUCGCUUUUUGGACAGAGCUCCGGUGGAACUUCUAUUUUCGCCCUGCUUGCUUCUCCGCUUGCACGCGGGCUAUUUAAUAAGGCCUGGGCGAUCAGUGGGUCGCCUAUUAUGAACAAAACGGCUGCGGAAGCGGAUGUGGACAACCAAGUUUUUGUGCGUAACACUGGAUGUUCAGACGCAGACUGUCUGUACAAGAUGACACCGGAAGAUGUGAUUCUCAGAGUACCAUGGGAAGUGUUUCCGUACUGGGACAUGAGCGACCAGUCUGGCAUUCCCCCUAAAGAUCGCUUUGAUGGCUCACUUCCUGUAAUCGACGAUUACGUUCUUACCAAGGCGCCCCUUGAGGCUUAUGUAGAGAGUAUCGGAAGCGACGUCCCUGUACUUAUUGGUACAACUGCCCAGGAAUUAGAUUUAGAACCAAUUCCGCAAGAGGUCGCCAACUGGACAUGGGCAGAUAACAAGUAUCAGGAGUAUGUCCGCAAUGCGUUACGCCCUUUUGGUGAUGUCGUAGCCGAGACUGCGCUUAAACUCUACCCAGAACACGUGCAGACGCCUGAAUUUCAACUCACAAGUCUCUCUUCGGACAUCAGAUUGACGUGUGGGAACGAUUAUCUGGCUCUAGUAAUGGCAAAUUCUUUCACGUCCCCAGUGUUCAGAUACAUAGCAGAUUAUGUACCCUCAACGCCAAUGCAGGCGUUUGGAGAUACGUUUCCCGCAAAUUACGCCUUUCACGGCAUCGACAUGUUCGCUUACUAUAAAACCAUGGGCCUCAUGAUUAGCAACAUGACGGACGCAGACAGGCAGUGGGAGGUCAACGUACAGCAGGAAGUUUUGAGUUUCGUGCGUACCGGAAGUCCCCAAACAAGUGACUGGGGGACGUUUCCCGGCCAGACUGCCUUAUUGAAUGCCAAUACAACGGUGACGACCGGGUACCACACUGCGCAGUGCCUCUUUUGGCUUUAAAACGGGUUCUUCUCGUAUUCGUGGAUUAAUUGAGUACGAACAUGCAUUCAUGGAGCGUUUCAAAUAUGAUCGUAAGCAUACGAAUUAUGAUAUAAUGUGGUCUUAAUUAUGUGUAAAGCGACACUUCAACCUAAACACUACUACCCUAUGUUAAAAAAUGAAAAAAAGUGAUUGUCGUGCAUGCCGAUUAAUAUUCUUCAUUCGAUCCUCUUAUAGGAACACUUUUACUCCAAAUAUGAUUGAACGUUAGUUAACAGCGCCGAAAACAUUUUGAUGGAAUGUGUGAAAAAUCCGACCCUCGGCUACGUUACAAGCCUUUUACACGUGUUCUGAUUUUUUCCAUCCAUUCUGAACAAACAUGAAAUAUAUUUAUUGACCUCCGUCGAUGUAUAAUCAUGCAUCCCCCUGGCCUCUGCUCUAUUAAUUUCCGAGAAGGGCGACGUUUUUUGUCCUCGGAUGAUGCGUUUCUAAACUUUUUACCGAAAAAGCAUCAUCCGAGAUAUAUAUUUACAUGCUAUGAUCCCUAUAUAAAAUUAAUACAUAAUGUAGGUUGAAAUGUAGAUUAAUACAAAUUACAUAUUUAAACACUACUCUUAAUUAAUAUGAUUAUUUUUUACCUAGGAGUAGAAUUUGUUAAAGGCAUUUAAAUGAUGUACCGGCAUACAUCCGAGGUUGUUUUCGAUGGGAAAUGGCCGAGGUGCUCCGAAUGAUUAAUCGCCACGAUACACACACUUGGUUCACCGACUACUCCAGAGCAGUAAUCCCAACAUGUGUUGAUAAGCAUUGCUUUAUAUUUAUUUAAUUGAUGUCUAUUUUCUUGUGACAUAGUGUAUCAUUACAUUAGUUCCUUUUAGUAAAUAAGUUACCGUUCUUGAUUAGUGGUUUGCAUAAAACAUAAGCGUUUAACCUUAUUAAAUAUGGUAUGGAUAGAAAGAUCAAGACAUUUUCGUCAUGCGUAAAUUGGACAUAUCACCUAAUAUCAGCAACCUAAGUAAAAAACGACGACGAAAGAGAAUUAGCAGUCGCCGACUCAGGAAAAGGUGCACGCACGUGGAACACGAACAAAGAUCCGCCAUAACACCGAGUGAUGGUAUUCAGGAGUAUAUGAGUCAGCAAUACAUAAACUUUAAUCCGGCGUACAAUUCAUCUUUUUGGAUUAACAUUUUACCUGAUACCUAUAUGCAAAUUUCAUUUCCAAGAGCCCAGACGCAGCCCCAUGCACCGAGCAUGCCACCCGCCCACGGUGGGGUUUUCCCGGGAGCCACGGUGAUGUUCCCAGCGCAAGGGGUACCUCAACUGGCUAACCAGAUCAUCGAAACUAUAAAAUACAUUAAUAAUUAAGUCAUUAAGAUUGACAAUGUAGAAAUACAAGCAGAUACAAUCAACAAAUAAACGCUGCACAGUGCCUCUUUUGGCUUAGGACCGGGUUCUUCUCGUACUCGUGGUUUAACUGAGUACGAAAAUGCAUUCAUGAUUCGUUUCAAUUAAGUUGGUAAGCAUACGAAUUAUGAUAUAAUGUGGUCUUACUGAUGUGUAAAGGGACGCUUCAACCUAAGCGCUACUACCUUUUGUUAAAAAUGUAAAAACAGCGAUUUUCGUGCGUGCCGAAUAAAAUUUUGAAAAAAAAUGCGAUUCUUUUAUUGUUAUUGGAUUACUUUGACGCCGAAUAUGAUUAAACGUUAUUUAACAGCGCCGAACACGUUUUUAUGGAAUGUGUUCAAAUAUCCGACCCUGACGGGCACGCUGCAAACCUCGUUACCGGCUUUCAAACGUGCUCGGAUUUUUCCAUCCGUACUGAAGACAUAUACGAUUUAUUGACCUCCGCCGAUAUAGAAAUCAUGUAUCCCUCUGGCCUCUUUUCAAUUAAUUCCCGAGGGAGGCGACGUUGUUCGUCCUCGGAUGGUGCGUUUCUACAAUUUGUACAGAAAAAGCAUCAUCCGAGGUAUACAUAAU